GGAAGCCAGAUUCCAGCUGGAUAUCAGGAAAAACUUCCUGACUGUUAGAGCAGUACGACAAUGGAAUCAGUUGCCUGGCUGCCCGCACAGAAUCUGGUCUCCGAAAACAGCCAAAGCAGAGAUGUCCGCUUUCCUCCUGCUGGGGGUCAGUUUAGACUGGGCUAUGGCCCAGGAUUAUCGUUGCAUGUCUUCCCAGUUUAGAAGACUGGGAGAUUACAUGCUGGGCGGCUUGUUCCCUCUCAAAGUCCACACCAGCCUCGUGACGGAGAGGCCCUUGCCUGAAGUUUACGACUGUGAGAGGCUCUAUGCUGCCGGUCUGAUUUGGGCACUGGGGAUGAAGUUUGCCGUGGAGGAAAUCAACAACUCCAGCACGCUCCUCCCCGGAAUCAAACUUGGCUACGACAUCUACGACAACUGCAUGGAACCCGUGGUCGCCCUCCAACCUAGCCUGCUGUUUCUGUCCAGGGUGGGCACCAGUAAUAUCGGAGUCCUUUGCAACUACACAGACUACCAGACCCGAGUAACAGCAGUCAUAGGGCCUCACAGCUCAGAACUCUGCACGGUGACGGCUAAGCUGUUUAGCUUCUUUCUGAUCCCACAGGUCAGCUACGGAGCCACCAUGGAAAAGUUGAACAACGAGGAGCUGUACCCCUCGUUCUUCCGCACCGUGCCCAGCGACAAGAACCAGCUGGAAGCCAUGGUGCAGCUCUUGGUGGCUUUCAAGUGGAACUGGAUCGCCGUGGUGGGCAGCGAUAAUGACUACGGCCGUGAAGGCCUCAGCCUCUUGUCCUCCAUGGUGGCCAAGUGGAAGAUCUGCAUCGCCUACGAGGGGCUGAUCCCGGCGGACGUGUCGAACCCCGACCUCCAGGAGAAGCUGAGGCGGACCAUCCGGUCCAUCAACGACACAAAAGUCAACGUCGUCAUCCUGAUCUCCAGCGACCGGCCGGUCCGGGCCCUCUUCAAAGUGUGCUUUGAGCUCGGCUUGAGCAAGAAGGUGUGGCUGGCCACGGAAGCGUGGGUGAUGUCCGACGUGGUCACCAGCCUGGACCAAGUCCAGUCCAUCGGGACGGUCAUCGGUUUCAUCAUCAAAGGCGGGAAUGUCCCCGGUUUCAAGAACUACGUCUACCGCCUCUUGGAGCAGACCCAACAGGACGACUUCUGCCGGGCUUCCAAGGAGGAGUCGGAGUGGUCAGGAUCCGACAUCCUGAGAACGGAGUGCGUGCCGUGCGACCGCGUUACCCGCCACAACCUCAGCGCAGUGCUUGAGCAUCGGCAGACCUUCGCCGUGUACAGCGCAGUGUACAGCGUGGCCUACGCGCUCCACGAGGCGUUGCACUGCGAAACAGGGCAGUGCCAGAAGAGAAGCAUCAAACCAUGGCAGCUGAUGGACAAGCUGAGGACCAUCCAAUUCAACGUCAGCAACCAGUCGCUCCAUUUCGACCAGUACCGCAGCGUCAACAUGGGCUACGAGGUCAUUGGGUGGCAUUGGCGGAACAGCCAGCUCGAACACGUCAGCUUCGGAGACUUCGACAGCCAACUGAGGAUAGACCAACGCCUGGUCCAGUUUCACACAGAGGAUGAGAAGGCGCCCCGCUCGGACUGCCUCACUACGUGCCACCCCGGGCAGAUCCGUCGCAUGAAAGGCUUUCACCUCUGCUGUUAUGACUGCAUCGGCUGCGAAAGCGGCACUUACAGCAGUUCGACAGAGGACUCGACCUGCAGCCUGUGCCCCGCCACCCAAUGGUCCCCCAGGAACAGCACGCGGUGUUACGAGCGUGGCGAGAAGUAUCUCUUCUGGCUGGAACCCCUGGCCCUCGCCUUGCUGGCUCUGUCGCUUUCGGCUUUGGCGCUCACCUGCCUGGCGGGGGCGCUGUUCCUGAGGAACCGCGGAACGCCGGUGGUGCAGGCCGCCGGGGGAGACCUGUGCCUCUUGGCCUUGCUUGGCUUAGGGCUACUCUGCAUCAGCACCGGGCUGUACGUCGGAAAGCCAAGCUCGGUCCUGUGCCAGCUGCAGCAGUCUUCUUUAGCUCUGUUCCUCAACCCUUGCUUUUCCACCAUCAUGGCCAAAGCCCUCCAGAUCAUGCUGGCCAAUGACUUUGCCGACAGCCGCCGGACAUUCCUGCACACCCUCAUCCAGAGGCGUCCCUGGGCCGUCGUGGCCUCUUCUUUCUUGGUCGAAGGCCUCCUCUGCUUCGGAUACCUCUACAGCACCCCACCCAUGCUGGCCAAGAACUACAAGCUCCUGCCCACCCAAGUCCUCCUCCAUUGCAACAUCCAGUCUUGGGCGGCCUUGUCCGUGAUGCACGGCCACAACGGCUGCUUGGCCUUCGUGUCCUUCCUCUGCACGUUCAUGGUGGAGACGCCCCCCAAGAAGUACAACAUCGCCCGGGGCAUCACCUUCGGCGCCAUCACCUUCUUCUUGGCCUUGGUGGUCUUCAUCCCCACCUACGCCACCGUCAAGGAAGAGCUCCGGCCCGCCGUCCAGAUGGGCUCCAUUUUGCUGUGCGUCGUCGGGCAGCUCGCGGCUUAUUACCUCCCUAAAAGCUACAUCCUGCGCUUUAGGCCGGAAUGGAACACGCCGGACUAUUUUCAAGAUGGCGCCAAAGGGAGGCUGCAGGAGAAAGACUCCCAAGACUAGCUCCAGGGGAGUCUUCGAUACGGGAACGGGCAUUUGCCCACGGAUGGGGGAGAACGUGUGCGGUUUGGUACGUGCGCUCUACAUAGGGCUACCUUUGUGCCUAGUCCGGAAACUUCAACUAGUUCAAAAUAUGGCAGCCAGGUUGGUCACCGGUACACCUAGGGGUGACCACAUUACACCAGUCUUAAAAUCUCUUCACUGGCUGCCAAUUAGUUUCCGGGCGAAGUAUAAAGU